AGUAGACUGAUUUGGUUUCCUUUUAGUUGUAGUAAACAAAUACGAAUUGUUGAUAAUAUGAAAGGUCUGGGAUGACAGCCUUUGUAGCUAAAAAUCCCUAAAUCCCCCUCAUUCAAACAAAAAAACAAAAGGCCAUUUGGAAUAAUUAUUUCUUAUUUAGUUUCCAUAAAAAUAGUAUUUACAGAAGGCCAUCCAAAAUGUCUUAUAAAGAUAUCAGAUCUUUUACUGAAAUGAUGCGAGCUCUUGGAUAUCCUAGAUUAAUAUCCUUAGAAAAUUUUAGGUUUCCUAAUUUCACUUUAGUUGCAGAAAUAUUGCAGUGGCUUGUUAAGAGAUAUGAUCCAAAUGUUGAAUUGCCUGAUGAUAUUGAUACAGAACAAGAUAGAGUGAUUUUUAUCAAGUCUAUUGUUCAAUUUAUGGCUGUGAAAGGUUACAUUAAACUGAAUGCUAAAAAGCUUUAUAUGGCUGAUGGUUAUGCUGUGAAGGAACUCUUAAAAUUGACAUCUCUCUUAUAUGAAGCUACGAAAACUAAAACUGAUAGUGAUCUUGAGUCCUUGGAAGAUGACUCUGGUUUAAGUCACAACUUUGAUAUCACAUCUAAAUCUGGAGACUUGAAAGUAACUCGACAACUUGCAUCAGAAAUCACUAUGAAAGGGGCAUCAUUAUAUGAUCUGCUAUUAAAAGAAAUUGAUCUCCGUGAGAAUCGAGCUCAGGUAUUAUCAAAGCAAUUAGAUAUCACAGAAAUAGAGCAAGGUAUCAGAAAUGCUACUAGGGGAUUGGAAGAAGAAAUUCAAAAGACAAAUACUAUGAUUGAAAAUAUUGCAGCAGAUGAAGCAAAUUUAGAAGCUAAAAUUGAGAAAAGAAAAAUGGAUUUAGAAAGGAAUCAAAAGAGGCUGCAGACUCUUAAAUCUGUGAGGCCAGCAUUUAUGGAUGAAUAUGAAAGACUUGAAGUGGAACUUGAAGAAAUAUAUAAAAUUUACGUUACAAAAUAUACAUGGAUGGCUUAUCUUGAGCAGCAACUAGAAGAACUUGAACGACUCGAGCAAGAAUUAAUUCUGCAAAAGGAAGAAGUUACAAAAAGAAUGGUGGAGAAAUUACGACAGGAUGAUUUAUUGCGUAGUGAAGAGACAGGAAAUUUGGAUGAUUUCUUAAUAGUGAAUGUAGAAAAUGAUGCUGGUUUAAGUGGUGUUCCCAGAGAAAAACCUCGUCGUCCACAACCUGCUCCUUCUGGAGUUCGAAGAGAUGCACAUAGAAGGGUUUAUGGAUCUAUGAGUGGAGGUGAUAAAGAUGAUGAUUUAGACACAGAUUCUGAUAUUGAUUUGGAUGGCGAAGAUGAUGGUUCAGAAGUCAGUGAUGAUGAUCAAGAUCUAGAAAAUCUGUCAGAUUUAAAAAUUGCCACAAAUUCUGCUCAUGCAGACAGUGACAAUGAUUUUUAAUUCAUCAUAUUUAUACACAGUGGCAAUUUUGAAAUUCUGCCUUUCAUUAUUUUUAAAAAUGUUAUUCUAGUCAUAUUUAUUGUACAAGCAUAGAUAGGUUAUUUACACUAAUGAAAAAAUAAAUAUUUUAUUGCACAGUU